ACGUUUGAGCAUACAUACACUCUCUAGAGGCAACUGGCUGCGCACCCAGACCUCCUGUACUACUACAGCGCAUCUACUCCCUACCAGAAAUCAUGAUAAGUCCCAAUGAUAACGGGUUUUCAGAUGCAGAUAUCAAAGGGCUCAAGCUCGCAUUCUCACAACACUGCAGCACUGCCAAUGAAGCGACCAGCUCGGAGUUAGGGACGGCUCUUCCACCAGCGAACUACAGAACUGGCUUGCAUUUUAACAAGGGUGUAAUUAUCCAUGAGCAACGAAUCACAUCAGGUGGUAUCUGGAUGGAGUCACCGAUAGACGUCAAAGGCAAGGGCAUCGCACGGAGCCUUGACUGGCAUCUGGCUACCAUGGCAUCGAAUGAUAGGGAGCGCGAAGAAAUAACUUACAAGCUCCUCGAGUGUCUUCCUCGUUCUGUGCUUGCGAGUCUGCAGCGUAGAAUGACCCCUCUGUUGCAGUUCGAUGUCGUAGGGGCCCUUCCCACAGAAUUAUCUCUUUUCAUUUUCACAUAUCUUCCAGCGGCUUCCUUGCUCGCGUGCUCUCUUGUUUCUAAACGUUGGCACACCCUCGCAACAGACCAAGUACUUUGGCGUCGUCUUUGCUAUUCACACGGUUGGGAAUGGCGCAUGGACGUUGCUGCGCCCACUCCUUGGGAUGGACUUGGUGAUGCAGAUCCUGCGGAUGCAGUGAUUCGCGAAGAAAGAGAUGAAGAUGAAGGUAUGGGCGACGAAGAAGAGGAUGAGGACGAAGGGAGCGGUGAAGGCGCAGGAGAUGUUAUCGAUUUCAUAGGGGACGACUCAGUAGACUGGACGUCAAUGCCGAUGAACAUCGACGAUAUCGAAGCACAGGGUCUAUCGCAUCUCCUCAUACCUAUCACUUCAGCUGCGCUAUCUUCCUCUUCGACAAGCGCCAUCACCCCGAUAUCCCGUAUCACAUCGCAGCAUGGCGUUUUGCCACGAAGUGCGCAUCUUGCGCCGGACUAUAAGCUUCUCCAUCAGACGCACGUGCUCCUACACAAUCGUUUCUGCCAGGGUGCAUAUCGUAGGCGUAUACUGCCUGGCGCAGAUGCCGGCGGACACAGCGCUGCAGUGUAUUGUCUUUGGUUAUGGACGUAUCCAGCAGGGCUUGAUGGCCGGUCCGCACCCCUGCAGGUGCUAUUUACAGGAUCGAAGGACCGCACUGUUCGGGAGUGGGAUCUGCGCACGGACCGCGUACGGCGCGUGGUUGGUGAAUUGCAUGAUUCUAGUGUCCUGAGCUUAUGCGUAUCUUCCGACUUUGCGAAGUCGGGGGAUGGAGAGGAGGCUUUGGCAAGCGAGCCUAGUAGCGCUGGAUUUCUGGUGAGUGGAGGGAGUGAUAGGCGUAUCGUUGUAUGGGAUCUCGGCAAGGACAGGCUGGUCAAGGUGCUGCAAGAUCAUCUUGACAGCGUGCUUUGCGUUCGUGUCGAUAGUGGGAGGCUGGUGACGUGUUCCAAAGACCGGACUGUCAGAACAUAUGGGUUUCCGUCGUUGAAGCCUCAAUUCGUGUUUCGGGCACAUCGUGCAGCUGUUAACGCCGUCUCCGUCGUUGGUGACGUGAUAGUGUCUGGCUCUGGCGACCGUUCCAUACGCGUUUGGAAUGCAAACACUGGCGCGCUCAUCAGCACCUUUGAGGAACACCAUGCACGAGGCAUUGCCUCGAUCGAGUUCAAGCCCCCAUAUUUGUUGUCCGGCUCAUCAGACAUGCAUUUGCGCAUGUUUGACAUAGCAUCGUCGCAAGGCUGGUCGACGAACCCUGAGGUCAACACUAUUCCCUCGUCCACGGUUCCUACCUUGACCUCCUCGACAUCGCAUGUUCAAGAUAAUAUUGCAAUGAUACCGGGACAGGGGAUGGCGCCAUUCUUUUUGCAUUCAUCCCUGACACGAUCCAUGCCUGAUACCCCGCGGCCAGAUGCAAACACUGUCGUGUGUCAUGCUUGUGGGUCACAUGGAUUGGCUGCACGGCGUGAGCAAGAAAGACACACUCACCUUGUACGGAGCGUUGCCCUUGGGGAGGAGUUUGCCGUCAGUGGGAGCUAUGAUUUAACCAUUAAGGUGUGGGAUAGGAAGACAGGGGCGCUGGUUGCUGACCUGAAUGGCGGGCACACAGGAAGGAUAUUUUGUGUGGGUUUUGAUUGUACCAAGAUUGUUUCGUGCGGGGAGGAUCAGAGGAUCUGUAUUUGGGAUUUUUCACAUGGGAUUGAUACAUCUUUCAUCAAAUUGUAGCUCUAGAAUCAUGCGAUACCGUGUAUUUUGGAAAGCCUCCUCUCU